ACGGACCGGCUUCCUGUUUCCGGAGCAUGGGGCAUGGCCACGAGCAUGGCAAAAUGGAGCUUCCAGACUACAGGCAGUGGAAGAUAGAAGGGACUCCCCUACAGGACGUGCAGGACAGGCUGGCCAAGCGAGGUCUCAGGGAUCCAUGGCUUCGCAAUGAAGCGUGGAGGUAUUCCGGUGAGUUUGGCAAGCCGAACAAUUUCAUGGGAGUCAUCAGCAGAGGAUUUAAAUGGGGCUUUGUGGCCUUCUUGGCCUCUCUUGCAGUGGAGUACGCAUUCUUCCCUCCAAAGAAAGACGAAGGGCAUCACUGAAGAUCGGAAUGUCCCUCUUCCGCCCCCCCCCCUUGUAAAUUGUAGAUGGCAUGUUCUGGCACAGCAAGAUACACAUUAAAACAUUUAUGAGACAUAAA